AUGAUAUUUUCAAUUUUCAAAUUUCCUUUUGGCACAAUAUAAUCAAAUUUCCCAAAGCUUUCAUUCAAAGUGUUAGAUUUUUAAACAAUGAAGGAAAGAAAUCCAACACUUAUUUCUGACUCUGAUAUAUAAACAUUAUGUAAGAUGCAUUCAUUGAAUGCAACAUGGAAAAUAGUAAAUUAUUUAGAAAUAAUAGACUCCAUAAAAAUUAUAUAGAGAAAUCAAGUUUAAUAAUUUUAAGGAAGCAUUUUCCUUCAUGAAUUAAGUUGCUAUAUUUUCAGAACAAAUAGAUCGUAUUAUAAUAUUCUAAUCUUAGAUCAUCCUGAUUGGGAAAAUGUAUAUAAUUUAGUUAAGAUUAAUUUGAAUACUCAUGAUAUUGGAGGAAUUUCUAUUAAAGACAUUUUCUUGGCUUAUGCAAUAGUAAUAAUUUAUUUUAUUAUGUAGGAUACAAUAGCUAUGAAUGUAAGAGUGAAAUCAGCAGAAUCAACUAAUGACACUCGUAUUUUGGAAGUAGCAAAAAUUGCAGAAUCUUGGAAUUUAAAUUUUGAUCAAUUUCAUAGAAUGAUUGAAACAGAUUCUAGAUAAAUAUGAAUAUUUUAUAUUAAUAUGAUGA